CUAAAUCACGACCUAGUGGGAGGAGUGCAGGAGGGAGGGGGCGGAGCAAAGUUGGCUCGUUCGAAAAGGAAGCGUCAUAUGUUUAGGUUCCCGCGUGCAGGCGGCCGGGUGUCACGUGAGGGGCCAAAAUGGCGGUCUCAACGGAAGGCACAGACUUGGAAGCCUCCCUGCUGAGCUUUGAAAAGUUGGACCGGGCUUCACCAGACCUCUGGCCUGAACAAUUACCAGGUGUUGCUGAAUUUGCAGCUUCUUUUAAAAGUCCCAUCACCAGUUCUCCUCCCAAAUGGAUGGCUGAAUUAGAAAAUGAUGAUAUUGACAUGUUAAAAGAGUUGGGGAGUCUCACCACAGCUAAUCUAAUGGAGAAAGUGAGAGGUCUGCAGAAUCUAGCAUACCAACUGGGACUAGACGAAUGUGCAACAGCACAGCCUAUUCCUACGCAGUCUACUGAAGCCCAUGGCGGUCCAAUCUGCUUUGAGUACCCAAGAGAAAUGACUCGAGGGAAAUUUCUGAACAUCCUGGAAAAACCCAAAAAGUAGCUGAAUAUGGAGUUUGGAAAGAAAUACACCUGGCUGCUGGAAGACGACCAGAAUUUCCCCAAAUGCCUGAUGCUUACAGAAAUGACCUCUUGCCGCACCUCUUUUCUGAAGAGACACAUCCAGGUUAUUUUGGCAAGGACAGACAACAGUUCCCCAGCAGAACAAUUUGACCUGCCUGCCUCUUUACUACCCUUACACGUUUUGCUAGAAUAAUUUUAUGCCAGUUGUGUCAAAAUGGAUACAUUCAUUCAUCCGCAAUUGGCAACAGCAUAUUUUUUAAAAUAAAAGCAGAGUUGCUUUUUAUUACCUGGUUCUGUGACACAGGCCUGUACAUCACAUGGCAUAUACAAGUAUAUGUCUGCAUGCAUGUCCCUCUUUUCCUUUUGGGACAAGAACUCAACAUGAAUAAUGCCACACGGAAGAAGCCACCACAAGUGUGGUCCUGAAUGAAAACUAAUUUUUAUUUAUUUAUUGGCUAAUCUCAAGACUGCAAAACAUGUUUGAUUUCCUUCCAAGUUAGCUCUAUGUAUUGGCCACAAACAUUGCAGAUAAGAUGAUGCAGUUUCUCUUCCCAAAGCUCACAUAGCCUCAGGUGCUGAGUGGGAUUGGGAGCCACAUGCCAACAUGUAAUAUGAAUUAAUGGAUGUAUGUUUGUUUGAAUAUAUAUUUGUCUCUUAGGGUGGGAAAUGUGGAAGGGGCCUUUCUAAAUAAUGAAAGAAAAUAUCCUCCAAUCGUUAAUACCCAGAAGAUGGUUCUUCAAAAUUGGUUUCUCUUACAAAGAAACAUAUUGGAGAGAUGUCAUUAUUGUAUCACUUGAAUCACAUCUCCCCCACCCACCCACAAGCAAUAAAUUGCUUGUCCACAAGAUACAUGGUUAGGAUAUUGUAUUAUGAAGUUGCUAGUUAAACAGUUGAGGAUAAUCCAGCCAGAAGCAAGCAGUUUUAAGUCCCAUGCAUCUCAGUGGGGAGAUUGAACCUCUCUCAUUCUGAAAUAAGUGGGAUUCAAGAGAGCUAAACUUUGGGUGUGGCCUGAAUAUUCCACUGAAAACUCUAUAUAGAUUUCACUUUUCCCCAGGGCAGAACAAAGCAUUUAUGUUGUGGACACUGGAUCUACAUUGAAAUAUUUCAGCACAGAGACCUUAGAGUGUCCUUUUCAAUUUGCAGGUGAUAUAGGGUAAGCUUGGAGCUGUACGAAUAAACUAUAAUCAACUAACUAUAUAUAUGCAACUUCACAUGAUCCUGCAAGCAAUUCUGUGUUAAGGCACUUUGUACAGUACACAAGUGAGAGAUCUCUGUUGCAGGGCACCUGCCAGUUUCAGCUGUAAAUCCUUGGGUAUCUGUAUAUCCAAUAACAAGAGGGACUUUUCAAAGCAAAAGAAGUUUAGCAAAGUCUUCACGUGUUUAAGUAAUGGCCACAUAAGGUCACAGUAUGCACGAUUGGGGCUCAAAUAUGAGGUUGCAUUGCUGUGGGAGCAAAACUGCAUAUAAUGGUGAACAAUGAGAUUGGAAGCAAGAGAAACUGUGGUGUUGGCCAGAGAAAUGUUGAUGAAAUGUUCUUCAUGUUGACCUAAAGUUUAUAUUUGUUUAGGAAUAUUGAAAUUCUUGCAGCUAUUUUAUAUAUUUGUGGCUUUUCAUAUGUAUAUAGUAAACAUCACAAAAUGGGUUUUUGUGUACACAUUGAAGUUACAUUGGGACAGAGAGUUCUGAACUCUCCCAUUGAAAGCAAUGGGAUGUGAAAGUGUUGAGCUCCAGUUUCAUCAUGCUCUGUAUAUUUGUUUUUAUUGUGAAGCUUCUUGAAACACAUUUUUGAGGCUGUGAAACUGAAAAGUUUAGGCAACACCUAGGGGAACUUCACAUUACCAGCCUAGUCAUGAAUCACAAUUUUUAAAAUUAGUUGUUAAAAAGCAUUUCUUUUUUAUUCUGGAAACUUUUAUCCUUCAUAGAUAGGGCAGUAGUCUGUAUAUACCCUAGUGUUGGGAUAUUUAUAUAUUUAUAUUUUUCAGUCUUGGAUAUGAUGGGAAUGUAUUUUUAUAAAUAGUAGUAAUACUUGAUCGGGUUGUCCUGAACAAGUAACUUGUAUGUUAUAGCUCCAUGUUCUUAAAAUAAAUAAAGAUUAAACAAUGCAUUUUCAAAAGCAUGUGAAAUAAGGAA